GUCGAAUACGUGAACGGUGAAAUAACCAAUCUGUCGAGAGCCGGCUUGCAGAGAAUUUUGAACAUUCGUUCACGUACUACCGGUGAGGUGCAAGUAUUCGUAUACACAUACAUAUUCGGAGAUGUUGGAUGUCAUAAUUGAGACAUAACAGGUACAAUAAACGACGACCAAUAGAACAACUGUGCAGCAAUUUUAGAUGCUGGGUAGUAAGUUAAUAUUUAUCUCGCGCAAUGAAUGUGGUCACUAACGAUAUACAAGGCUCUCUAAAAGAGGCUUUGUACGAGACACUGACUGGAAUCUUAUCACCACAUCGUGAAACUCUCCAAGCUGCUGAGCAAAGAAUUCAAGCCUUAGAGGUUACAGAAGAAUAUGGAAUACACUUGACAGAAUUUGUCGUGGAUCCAAAUGGGCAUUUACCAAUCAGACAGUUAGCUUCAGUCUUACUGAAACAAUAUGUCGAAACACAUUGGUGUUCAUUGGCUGAAAAGUUUCGGCCGCCGGAACUUAACCAUGAAACUAAGCAAAGGAUCAAAGAGUUAUUACCUUUAGGGCUUCGAGAAUCUAUCAGUAAGGUGCGCAAUACAGUGGCUUAUGCAAUAUCCGGUAUAGCACAUUGGGACUGGCCUGAGAAUUGGCCGUCCCUCUUUGAAAUUCUUGUCAGUUGUUUAAGGACAGAAAAUGAGUAUUCCGUUCACGGAGCAAUGAGAGUCUUGAUAGAAUUCACUCGGGAUCUCACAGAUGUUCAGUUACCCAAUGUGGGGCCUGUUAUUCUACAAGAGAUGUACAGGAUAUUCCAAAGUGAAAAUUAUCCCAUCAGGACACGCGGUCGUGCAGUUGAGAUUUUCGCGACUGUUAUGACUUUGGCUGUUACGGGAAUUUACGAAAAGGGAUUUGUAGAACAGUAUCUGCAGCCAGUCAUUCCCAUGUUUUGCGAGAAAUCGGUUGAGUGCCUCAGAGUGCCUAAUGGCCCAUCCAGUGACAUUGGAUUUAAAACGGAUAUUAUUAAAGCUAUAAACGGUCUUGUUACGAAAUUGCCUAAGUACGUGUCAGACUAUUUGCCUCAGAUGCUACCAUCUGUAUGGGAAAUGUUGUCACAAAGCGCGAAGACUUAUCAAGAAACGACGGUGAACGGAGACGAAGACAUUAACGACAAAGAAGUAGAUUCCGAUGGCGAAGUGAUUAACUUCAACAAUCUGAUUAUCGCGAUAUUCGAGUUUGUUCAAUCUAUAGCGGACCACAAAAAGUUUGCGAGCUUGCUGGAUAAUCUGCUACCAGAGCUCAUGUAUUAUUUGAUAAUAUUCAUGCAAAUCACGCCCGAUCAGAUUCAGUCGUGGACGAAUAAUCCGAAUCAGUUCGUCGAGGAAGAUGAUCAGUGCCUCAGUUACAACGUUAGAAUCUCAGCGCAGGAGCUUCUGACGACUCUCGUCAAUCAUUUCGCGGAGGUAGGGAUCCAUGUGUUGUGCGACGUCGUGACGCGACAUAUCGAGGACACGAACGCCUUGAAAGCUAACAAUGAUGGUGGCAACAGCAACGAGACUUGGUGGAAAAUACAGGAAGCCUCUAUCAUGACACUGAAUAUCUGCAAGGAUGUCAUUGUUGAAAAAAAACAGGCUGGGACAUUGCAAUUCGAUUUUAUCAGAUUCCUGGACACCGUCGUUUUAGGCAUGUUGAAUGAUUCAGGCUCGCCUCCGUUGCUAUUAGGUCGUUGCCUGUGUCUCGGCGGACGGUAUGCUCAAAUAAUGCCGCCGGAAGUGAGCUCGCGAUUCCUCGAGGCGACGGUGAACGGCUUGCAGGAGAACCAACCGUCUUGCAUUCGCAUUAGCGCCGUCAAGGCGAUUUACUGGUUUUGCGAGACGCCGUCCGAGGAAUCGAUCGCCAAUAUAAUACGCUGCCAUUUACCGAACAUUUUCCGCGGGUUGUUUAAUCUAGCUAGUCAGCCGUCCACGGACGUUCUGCUCCUGGUCAUGGAGACGUUUCACGUGCUAAUUGCGCUACAUAAAGAAUUUACAGCAUCAGUGGAAAACGAGAUUUGUCCUUUGACAAUUGCAGUGUUUCUAAAGUUUCAUAGCGACCCGGUGAUGUUGCAACUAUGCCACGACAUAUUCAAGGAAUUGACUCAGAAUCCGGGCUGCAUCGGGCCACUGCAAACUCGUAUAAUACCGACUCUAACGAGUAUGAUGGCGAUUACACCGCUGGACAAGUCGAAAGACGAGGGAUCUCGAGCCGCAGCGCUGGACGUUCUGAUAGUCUUGGUGCAGUACUCGCCGUCACCUUUGAGUAACGCAUUGCUCGAGACCGCAUUCCCGGCCGCUUGUCACUGCGUCCUGAACUCGGAGGACCACGUAACACUGCAGAGCGGCGGUGAACUGAUACGCACGUAUUUGGCCGUGUCGGCGCAGCAAGUAAUUGCGCAUCAAGACGGCGAAGGACGGACCGGCCUGCAGUACAUACUGCAGAUCAUCGGCCAGCUGUUAAAUCCGCAGUCGAGCGAGUUCACGGCCAGUUUCGUCGGGCGUCUGGUGACGACGCUGAUCAGGAACGUGGGCAACAGCCUCGGCGAGAAUCUCGAUCUGCUGUUGAAAGCGGUGCUGAGCAAGAUGCAGACCGUCGAGACGUUGAUCGUCAUGCAGAGCUUGCUCAUGAUUUACGCGCACCUGAUCAACACGCAAUUCGACGCGGUACUGAACUUCCUGUCGACCGUGCCCGGACCCACGGGACAAAGCGCUCUUGCGUUCGUGUUGUCCGAAUGGGUCAGUAGACAGCACUUGUUCGUCGGCAGGUACGACUGCAAAGUCGCCACGGUCGCGUUGUGCAAGAUCUUGGAGUACGGGGUUACUCAGGGCGACAGCAGGCUGGACGAGAUCACUGUCAAAGGAGACCUGAUCAUCUCAGGGAUCGAGGACGGGGUGAGGACCAGAAGCAAAACCGAGUCGCGGCCUUACGAAUGGACUACGGUGCCUGUACUUGUAAAGAUUUUUAAAGUGAUCAUCAACGAAUUGUCGGUCGAUAUGGAAGCGGUUGGUGCCACUCCAGAUACGAAUGAAUCCGACGAGGAGGAGGAUGACGAGGGCGAAGAGGUAUUGAUAGAUCCCGGAACCGAGAACAAUAUCUUACGGAUAGAUGCCGCGGAUGAAAGUUACGACGACGCCGACGAGGACCCGGAGUUGGUGCACGACUCGAUUUACCAUCUGAACAUGAGCCAGUAUCUGCGCGAUUUCCUGCUGAACUUCUCCACCCAUCACUGCUUCCCCAUGUAUCUCCAACACCUGAAUGUGCCAGAGCUGAAAGUCCUCAAUAACAUCAACAUCAAUGCGCUUAUGUAAUAAAACAACUUCACAUCUCGAUCGGAACACGAUUUUUGAAUUUCAUAAUAAACGAGCAGUCUUCUUUUCUA